GAUGGAUUGUUUUUUUUUUUUUAGAUUAUUUGAAAUACAACUUUAUUCUGAUUCUAAACGAAAAGAAUGGGAAUGACAGUAACAAACAAGGUUUCACCACUGAGUAUUGUGAUGCGACUGUAGCAGUCUUAUCUUUGAAAUUCAGGAAGGAAACAACUCUGUUCCAAACAGCUAAAUAUGCAAGUCCAAAAAAAAUGAAAGUAUGUUUUAACUGCCACAUUCACUCCGAAGCCCAUUCAUCUCCUUCAGCAUCCCAAUGAAGUACACGAUCUGUUAGCUAAAUAAGGUGGCACACACGCUGCACCGCUGACAUCACAGGACAGUUGCCUAUAAAACUAGACUUCUGACGCAGGGCUCCAGCUUCACUUUCUCACAGGUCAUCAUCCUCAUCCGGGAGGGCAGUCGUCUGAGCAACCUCUAAAUCAUGUUCAUACUGUGCUGCCAAAGCUGGGUCCAUGACCACCUCAGGUGGGGCAAGAGCGGGCAUGGCAACAAACUCCAAGUUAGGAUCUCCAAUGAGCUUUCUGGCAAGCCAGAGGAAAGGCUUUUCAAAGUUGUAGUUACUUUUGGCAGAAAUGUCAUAGUACUGGAGAUUCUUCUUUCGGUGGAAAACAAUAGAUUUUGCUUUCACUUUCCUGUCCUUAAUAUCCACCUUGUUGCCACACAAUACAAUGGGGAUGUUUUCACACACUCGUACCAGAUCUCUAUGCCAGUUGGGUACGUUCUUGUAAGUAACUCUUGAUGUUACAUCAAACAUUAUAAUGGCACACUGGGCUUGGAUGUAGUAGCCAUCGCGCAGGCCCCCGAACUUCUCCUGGCCGGCUGUGUCCCACACGUUGAACUUGAUGGGUCCUCUGUUGGUAUGGAAGACGAGCGGGUGCACCUCCACGCCCAGGGUGGCUACAUACUUCUUCUCGAACUCGCCCGUCAAGUGGCGCUUCACGAACGUCGUCUUCCCGGUGCCGCCGUCGCCCACCAGGACGAGCUUGAACUGGACCUGCGGCUCUCCCUGGGCGGCCAUCGCGGCGAUCCUUCCAGAAGAGUCUCCGCGCCUGUCCGACUCGCUAUGAUGGAUUGUAUCCUCAAACUGACAGUUCGUGUUUGGCUAAAGAGGGACAGCGGACAGUAUUGGCCAAGCAUAUACCAUACAAUGCCUUCUCCAUGUUCAUGCAUGUCUUUUAACCCGGAAACAAGAAGACUGUCCAUAGGUCUAGACAAUGGUACAAUCUCAGAGUUUAUCUUGUCUGAAGAUUAUAACAAGAUGACACCUGUGAAAAACUAUCAAGCACAUCAGAGCAGAGUGACGAUGGUCCUGUUCGUUCUGGAGCUGGAGUGGGUGCUGAGCACAGGGCAGGACAAGCAGUUCGCCUGGCACUGCUCUGAGAGCGGGCAGCGCCUGGGAGGUUACCGCACCAGCGCUGUGGCCUCAGGCCUGCAAUUUGAUGUUGAAUCCCGUCACGUGUUUAUUGGUGAUCACUCAGGCCAAGUAACCAUCCUCAAACUGGAACAAGAAAACUGCACACUGCUCACGUCCUUCAGAGGGCACACAGGAGGAGUGACAGCGCUCUGCUGGGACCCGGUCCAGCGCGUGCUGUUCUCAGGCAGCUCCGAUCACUCUGUCAUCAUGUGGGACAUCGGUGGGAGAAAAGGGACGGCCAUCGAGCUCCAAGGACACAAUGACAAGGUCCAGGCCCUCUCCUAUGCACAGCACACGCGGCAGCUCAUCUCGUGUGGCGGGGACGGUGGCAUUGUCGUCUGGAACAUGGAUGUGGAAAGGCAGGAGACCCCCGAGUGGUUGGACAGUGAUUCCUGCCAAAAGUGUGACCAGCCUUUCUUCUGGAACUUCAAGCAAAUGUGGGACAGUAAGAAAAUCGGGCUAAGGCAGCACCACUGCCGGAAGUGUGGGAAGGCCGUGUGUGGCAAGUGCAGCUCCAAGCGCUCCUCCAUCCCGCUCAUGGGCUUUGAGUUUGAAGUGCGGGUCUGCGACAGCUGCCAUGAGGCCAUCACAGACGAAGAGCGUGCACCCACAGCCACCUUCCAUGACAGUAAGCACAGCAUAGUUCAUGUCCAUUUUGAUGCGACCAGGGGAUGGCUGCUGACUUCCGGAACUGACAAAGUGAUUAAGCUGUGGGAUAUGACCCCGGUAGUGUCGUGAUGGCUCUCACAGGGCCGAGAAGACAGUUCCCGCUAAAGAGCCACUUGUUUGAGUAUGAGAUCAUUACAGGAGAAGUGAAGUAGACCAAUAAGCAGGGAGAGAAACUGAAGACUCAGCGCGAACGCCCCCUCCCCCCACACCGCUGCAGUGAGCAAAUGAAGGCGCGCUCCCAGGACUCUGCAGUUGUCCAUACAGUAUAAAAGAAGAUAUUUUUUUAUCGAACGGUUUCUACAGCCUGGCUGUGCCGCAUUGUUUUGAACAUAUUAGAAAAUCUGUGUGGGAUGUUUAGGCUUCCAUAUUUCAGCCGUCCAUUGUGCUCAUUGCUUUCUGUGUCAGAAAAAGGGAAAAAAAAAGAGAGAGAGAGAGAGACUGAGAGAUCCAUCUGUUGAAGGCACUGUGUCGUUAAAAAGCAGUCUCCUCGUUUCCCUCACGUCAACAUGUACCAGGAGGCAGUCUCUCCUCCUGAGUCUUCCUUUGCCUCUCGCCAGAAUGUGCGAUUGCAGUUUGUUCCAGGGUUUCUGAAGCUUUCGCGGCCUUAGCAGAUGAGAGUUGGAAAGCCCUGUGUGUCCGACAGCUGGCCUCUUGAGUCACCUGUGGGGAGCAGUAGCGUUCUGGGAGGUUCCUGCGGUUCCGCUUCAGCAUCCUCUGCCGUCCACCGCCAGCCAGGACUCAGGUCACGUGACUCGCCCUGCAGCGCUUGCCUCUCUCAGAAUUCAGUGAGAGCCUCUUGAGCCUUUUGCGUUUUGGACUGUGGGGAUUUGUUGUUUUGUUUUUGUUUUUGUUUUCUUUGUAGCUUCCCUUUAUUCAUAACAUGAAAGGCAAACAGAAAUGUCCAUGCCCCAGAAGGAAGAGCCUUCACGGUGCAUCUUCCUACGUGCCGCUGCCCCUGAGUGCGAACAUGCAUCACUUUAAGAUUAGAAUACUGCUCUCUUCACCAUUCAUAACUUAGUCUCCCUUUAAAAAUCAGGUAUUUAAGCAUCUUUCUGUUAAUGUGCACUUUGCUGUGAAGCCUGCGUGUGACCUAAACUGAGGUACUAAAACGAACAGAACUCCUAAGGAAAUCAGUCCAGCUUGAUAAGGUACAGUAAGGACUCACUUCAGUGUAUCAAGAUAGGAUUAAAAAUAGUGGCAAGCCUGUGCCCCAAAACUGCUGUCCCGCCCCUCCUCCGCCCUCCCCCUAAGCCCUGCACACAUCAGGAAUGUCAGGGAGGGGAACAGAUCAGUUUUUUUGGUUGCUUGCCCUGCCCUCUCUCUCCAUGUCACACCUCCAUAAUAUCUUGCUCUCAUCUGAUCUAACCGGUGUCUCCUGGCACAGAGGGCCCUGUGUUAUUUGGUUGUGUUCCUAGAAAAGCAGUCUCCUCCAUGUCGUCAUCGCCUCUCUAUCUGGAGGAAGGAAUAGUACCCGUUCUUGGAUACCACCAUUGGCACCCAUGACCCGGCGGAGUGCUUCCCAGGACAAGGCGUCUGGAGCCACUUCUGCUUGCUGUCCCCAGGAAGCAAGGCUAGGGUGCACCUCACACAGCCACACCCCUGGCGGCUCUUCCGUGAGAGCAGAACUAUGGACAUGCCCCAGGAAGUCAUCACCACUGGUUCAACGGCCCAUUCUGUGACAUGCUGCCUAGGCUCCGAGGGGCCGCUGGAACUGCUCUUCCGCAUGAUCGCUCCAUCGCAGAGCUUUGAGAAGGGAGUGAGAGCUAAAAUGUUCAAAUACUGACAGUAUGGUUGAUUGCUAGGCUCUACAAUCUACUUGGUGGAGAACUGUGUGUUACAAAUCAGAAAUGGAAGUGAGUCUGUCUGAGCCGGGGCUUGACUGAGCAUGACUGAACAUGGGGAAGGAAAUACAGGAUGAGGGGGGCCAAUGCUCAGGCACCCGGCAAGCCUGUGUGGCUUCCCAGUUAUGUGUAGGUGAUUUCAGACUCCUGGGAAUUGGAUUAGCUUUACUAAAACACUUUACAGUGUUGGGUGACCCUACUCACCACUGUGGUCACAUCCUGGCCACAGCCCAUCCUGAAGAGUCCCCAGAGGCUGAAACUUCACAGUGAUGAAAGUCAUGGUUGUGCACCACAGAUAAACCAAGGGCUCCGCUGCUCCAUGCUUUCCUCUCUCCUUACACAUGUGGCCGUUGAGCUCGUGGAAGAGUGCACCAGAGCAACUGUUCAUGCGUGUAAUACUGUGAAUGCUUGUAUGUGCCUGCUGUCUCCUCUGUGUUCUUAACCCAUAGAGAAGUGCAUGCUGGUGCUGAUAGGCGUGUGAGCAUUUGACCUCACCGGUCAGGCAUGAGCUGCUUGGCUUGUUUCUCCUCUGGGUUAAAAAAAAAAAAAAAAAAACAACAAAAAGACAAAUCAGUCAUCUUGUCCAGUUCGCUCUUGUCCAGUUCUUGUUCUGCUGUGGAAACCGCAGCUCUGGGGCUGGUAAUGGCUGCAGCCAUGCUGGGAAGCAGGGAGGUUUCGUCUGCAAAGGUUCCUCCUAGUGAGUGGAUGAGGUGCAUCUUAAACUCUUAGUUUCUCCAAAGGAAAGGACUGAAUGUCUCCUCCACCUUAGCAAAACUGGUUUUAGAAACAAGUGCUUGGAAUUUUGUGUCAUUUUAUAAAAGGUCAGUCAACAUAAUAUGCUUCUCUUUUAAUCGUCUGAAUAAUUCAUGAAAUUAGAAAAAUUGCUAAAUUGGGAGGAAAUCUUGAGACCUCAGGUGUCCCAGAUUAGUUACACCAGGCAGUUAGAUAGAGAUGAAGUGUAAACAAGAGAAUCUCAAAGAGCAUUCAAGGAAUAACCGCCUUUGCUACUACCCAUAGCCGUGUGACAGGCAGAAGGCGCAGCGCCUUGCUGCUUGCAAGAAGUCUCUGGGCUUGUUUGACACUAUUUUGAGCAAAUGUUGGCACCUGCCUGUGGCUACGAGUAGGAACAUGUUCUACCAGAAGGCGGUUGGCACUAUUGAUCUGCAUGUCAACACCCCCUUCCCACAUUAUUCCCCUCUGACCGUCCCAGGGUCAAACUCGGAUCACAGUCAGGGCCCUAGAGUACCGCUGUCCUGCUGGCUAACGGCCGCUUCACAGGGCCUGGGCCUACAGUGUCCCUUGUUGUGAUGGAAACACCACCUUUUCAGCAUCUCAGAGUCGUAUUUUUAAAGCAUACUAUAUUUUUGUUUAACAUCAAUCCUUAAAAAGCUUGAAUUUGAGCUUUAAAGCAAAAGAAUAGCUCUGAACCAUGGGCCCCACUUAGUACAGAGAAAUAUGCAUUAAUGAGGGGCCUUUGGUGUUGCUUUUUCAUAGUAUUUAAAUAUAUAUAUAUAUUUGUAUAUGAGUGAGCUUGUUCACUGAGAUUUAUAUUUUAAAGCAAAAGAAAAGCAUUUUUCCAAAAGUGUGCUUAUUUUCCUUUCCUUUACAAUACCGUUGGGUCAGGUUUUUGCUGGUGUAAAGGUGGAUAUUCGGCAGCCUGGUGAAAUGACACUCAAGUCAGCAAAUCUGCCCCCUUUUCAGGCUGUCGGGUCCCGCCAGGAAAAGCCUGUGUGCUCCCGUGAACUGUAGCUCAGCCUGACAGCCGAGAACCACACGCCAACCCUCAGGGGUUUAGGUCUGUGUUUUCACCUUUGGACAUUGCACUCCCACCAGAAGCCUCCAGGCUGACUUGGGGAGCGUGCCUGUUGCCUGCAUGGAGCCUCCCCUGGACUCCCCACGCCACAGCCAGUGGUCAGGGGAAAAGGUGAUCCAAUCUCCGAGUGAGGCAUGGGUUCUGUCGCAGUGCUUAGGGUCCCUGUUAGACUUGGGCCUCUGAUUCGGUGAAUGGUGUUUGUCGCAGGACUGACCCAAACUACCAUCAGUCACAGAGCCAGCCUCACUCAGGCAGGUGAAAACACACGGCCGGAUCACAAGUUCCUUUCCAGGCUUUUCCCUAGGAAGCCUAGUGGGUGUGGUUUUAGAAAAAGAUCGUGAAGUUGUUAGGAGUAUCUCAUUUAAAAGAUACCUCAAAGUGUUCACCUUUAGGGGCUAAGAAUGUGUGACUGGGGAGGCAUCGUUUAGGAAAGCUAUAUUGGUUCAAAAGGUAGAUUUUAAAUCUGAUUUAGAUAUUAAUGUGUUUCCCCCUCUUAGUUCUUUGGGACACAUGAGGGUGAAUUUGUUUCAAAAGGGAAAGCAGUUUGCCUUGUCUGUAUAUUUGCUUUGUUUCUGUAUCCUUAUCAUUCAGGUGGAUAUGCACCCUUUUGUUCAUAGCCUGUGCCAGAGUGAAGCAUGGACCAAACCACUUCCAUCACCCUUUCCACUGUGCUGUGUCUGUUUGUGUCCUAGGCCAUUUGCUUUGCAUUUUAAAUGGCUCUUCCAAGGUGUUGUCAUUUGCGGAGGAGAAAAGUCUUGCACAAGUGUAAAAACUGUUACUAACUGGACAGCAGGAAGGUGUUAGGCCCGCAUCGUGCCUACCCGUCAAUGUAUCAUAAUCAGGUACCUCCCUCUGCCCAGCUGCCACCUGGGCCACAUCUGGAUGUGGUCGCCAUGGGCUUGUUACGUUAUGGGUGUCUCUUUCCAGAAAAAAAUCAGGAGUUGGGGCCCAGCGAAGUAUGCUGUUAGCCUGAAGCUAAAAGCUAGAAUGGGUCUCUCCACAGUGGCUGUAGCCAACCCCCUCCGGCAGCUGCUGGGCCCAGAGCCACUGGAUCCCACCAACCAGGCCCGCCACUGGUGAUGCUGACCUCCGAAAUGCGAUGAGGUGGUACUGAGUGAGAAGAUUCUGUAUCCCGAGAAUGUCUCUUGUUUUCCCGCCAUCGUGCCCUCCAGCCUGUCAUGUAUGUGUAGCCAUCUCCAACGGACGCCUCUCGGAGUGGCGGCUUCUGUGGCUUAGAAUAAAUGUCUGAAUACCUGC